UAACCUACUUGGAUUACUUCAUUUCCACAUCAGUAGAUCUACAAGAACAAGUUCAUCGUGUUCAAAAGCUUCACCAUAUGCUGGAAAUAAUAGUCAGCUGUACAGUCUUACUGCAGUUUAACCACGAGAACCUCUUCCCUUUGACACAAAUUUGCAUCAAGUACUAUAAGGAAAACCCUCUAAAUGAGAAGCACACGUUUCAGCUGCCCAUCAGACCAGCAGUUGUCAAGAAGUUCUGUGAAAACGAUCACCCAGAAAUAUGGAAGGUGGACGUGAGUAGUGGGCACGGACAGAAGGAGGUUAAAACAACAUGGCAAGUUAGUGCUGAUCCUCCGUUUGAACACAUGACAUCAAACAAUACAGGUCUCUUAUCCGAUUCCACAGUUAAUGGAAGUGGUGAAGAAGGAAUGUAUUACAUUGCAAUGGUUAAGUGCAGUCAGGUGCAUCUCACAUAAAUGCGUGUUUCUCCCCAGGCAGGCGCUGGAAAGGUACAGUAAAGGGGAAGGUUCAGUAUUAUCUGUGGCCCAACAGUGUAUUUAGAAACACUGUGUCAUUUGAAGAACAGUACAUCUUACCCAGUGCUUUUCUUUAGCGUGCUUGAAGUCUGACAUACACAGCCAUAAUUCGUCUGUACGCAUCUAGUCUUUUAUAAAUGUUGUGCAAUUAUGAAUGUACAGUAUAAUUAUUCUGAAAAUAUAGUAGAUAUUUUUGUUCGUAUAUUUACAAACAUGCAAUAAAGUUCUGCACUUUGGGGUU